GAACCCAAGUCCAUAAACAGGUAGAUGAAUGAAGAGAAAAAGGAAAAAAGAAAAAAGAAGAAGGGAGGAUAACGCGCCCCACGUCUCACCCUCACACUGACAGUUCUGUCUAUGACUUGUCCGUACGAUAGACGCUAGUCUCCUUUCAAAAAACCCAUCAAAUUUCAAAUAUGUGCGCCUCUCUCUCUCUAGAAAAAACCCUAUCGGCUAUUGUUGUCACAUACCCCGCGUCCAAUUAACGCUUUCAAAAAAAUAAAAUAUCCCAAAAUAACUCCUCCCUAUAUAAGCACUUAUUCUCUCUCUAAAAACACGACACCUUCAAAAGAAAAGAAAAAACAUUUUCCCUUUCUUUCUCUCUCUAAAAUUCGAAUUUGGAUCCACCGCCUUUCGAUCCGAAAGAAGAUUAAUUUUCCUUGUAAUCUCUCUAUAAAAGAAGGUUGAUUUUCCCUGCAAUCUUAUCUCUGUAUAAGCAAGAAAAAAAAUGAGGAAGGGAGCCAAGAGAAAGAGAAGCCAAAAAGACAAUGUUGUUGAAGAAGAAGCAGCAGCAAAAGCAAAGGCCUCUUCUUCUACUACUACUACUACUACUACUACACAAGAAGAACAGAAGAAUCACAAGCAGAAAGCCACCAAAAAAGCAGCUCCUACUACUACUCAACCUAAACGGGUCAAGGUCUCCAAACCCCAACCCGAACCCGAAUACUUCGAGGAUCAGCGUAACUUGGAAGAUUUAUGGAAGGCAGCAUUUCCUGUUGGGACAGAGUGGGAUCAAUUAGACUCAGUCUAUCAAUACAAUUGGAACUUCUCCAACCUGGAAGAUGCAUUUGAAGAGGGUGGGGUUCUCCAUGGGAAAAAAGUGUACUUGUUUGGUUCUACGGAGCCUCAAUUGGUACCUUUCAAGGAUGAACAGAAAGUGAUUUGCAUACCUGUAGUUGUCGCGGUUGUAUCUCCUUUUCCUCCUUCUGAUAAGAUAGGAAUUAACUCAGUUCAGAGGGAGGCUGAAGAAAUAGUUCCCAUGAAACAAAUGAAAAUGGAUUGGGUUCCAUAUAUUCCUUUGGAGAAAAGAGAUAGCCAGGUUGAUAGACUGAAGUCACAAAUUUUUAUUAUGGGCUGCACUCAAAGAAAGUCUGCUUUGAGGCAUUUGAAGAUAGAGCGCGUUAAGAAAUAUGAGUACUGCUUGCCUUAUUUUUACAAUCCCUUUAAGGAAGAUGAGCUUGAACAGAGCACUGUGGUUCCAAUACUCUUUGAAGCAGAACCGAAGCCGGUUUUUUGCGAAUUUGAUUGGGAUAUGGAUGAACUCGAGGAGUUCACCAAUGAGCUGAUCCAGGCGGAGGAAUUGUCUGAAGAUCAAAAGGAGGCCUUUAAGGACUUUGUCAAAAAGAAAGUUAAAGAAGCAAAGAGCGCUAACCGGGAGGCAAGAGAAGCCAGAAAAAAGGCCUUGGAAGAAAUGAGUGAAGAAGUUAAAAGGGCACAUGAAAAUAUGAGGUUUUACAAGUUCUAUCCUGUGCAAACACCAGAUACACCCGACAUAUCAAAUGUAAAGGCUCCAUUCAUAAACAGGUAUUAUGGCAAGGCUCACGAGAUUCUAUGAUUCGACUCAUGACCAGCACCAUCUGAGAGAUGCCCUGAGCUUACUUUGAGCUGCAAUAUUUCUGAAUUUGAGAAUUUUGUUCAUCUUGAGUAAGUUAGGAGGCAUGCCAUGCUAUAUUCCCUUCCUAUUUAGAUCACUUAAAAGAGAAAGAUUACACCGUAGUAUCAGAAUUUUUAGAUAAACAGUUCAGGUGCUCAUUAUAUAGGCGGAGGAGGCAUUUGUAAGAUACACUGUUGAGGCUUUUUAAAUUUUCAAUGUCUUGUUGAGCUGCAGGUAGUGAAAUUACCAUGUUUGCUCUCCGAUCCUCAUGUAUCAAACUCAAUUCUUUAUUUUUGUUCUAAAACCAUUGUCAUUAGAAUCGUAUGGCUGAAAGUAAUAUUCCAGAAACAGGAUGAAUAAUUGAGGUGGCUCAUUAUUUAAAAGUAA